CAGCCUGAUAGGGGGGAAAUCUGUCAGUUCCCAAACUUCCAGCCCUCCCAUGUGUGUCCUUCAUCAAAUGAUUCACUGCAACGUGGUGCAAGAACCCUUCCGGGUUCCCAAUCCUAUUUCCUGCACCGUGCGAGCUGAGCAGCUGCAGCCAGCCGUGGAGAGGCUCCUGUAACCGGGGAGCGCAACACACAGAGUCGCGGCAGGGGAUCCAGGCAUCGGGGGGCGCACAGGGCACAGUCACCCAGCAGGAACCAUCAGCCACCGCAGAAAAUGAGAGCUCUCCUGCUGACCCUGCUGGGCUGCCUGCUGCUGGCAUGUGAUGCCAUGGGCAGCUCCAUGUACAGACGGGAGCUGGGCAGACUCCCCUCUACUACAGCCAGCAAUGUCAUCCACAACACCACCCAGGUGCCCUCUGCCCAGGGCAACGACACCUCCAAGGUGACCCGCUUUCAUAGCAUUGAGCAGUACAUGCCUACCAUCAAAAGCGUGUUCAUCUUCGUGUGCGGCUUCAGCACUUUCCUCAUCGCCUGUCUCAUCGUCAAGAUCUUCAGAUCUGGAAAGAGAAUACGGAAAACACGAAAAUAUGACAUAAUAACGACUCCAGCUGAACGAGUAGAAAUGGCCCCUCUCAAUGAGGACAAUUUUGAAGAUGAAGAUUCAACAGUGUUUGAUGUGAAGUACAGAUAUAGGUAAGAACAUUUGAUCUUCCAACAUCUGGACACAAAGAAUUCCAACGGAGUCAAAAGUCUGAAGCAGAGUUUGGAAUUAUUUAUCUUGAAGAGAAUAUGCGAAUUGUUUCUUUCCGUGCCCUUGUGUGCUGAGAAAUGACAUGGAUAAAUCAGCUUUAACUAGAACUAAAUACCCACGUUUACAGACCUGGAGACUUCAGGCAAACUGGGGAAAGAAGUGUGGACUACUUUCUAACUGGAUCAUUUUUGUGGGGGAAACUUUUGUUCUCUUAAUAUAUAUAUAUUUUUAAUACAAGCCAAAGACAAGCUGUGUCUUCGGUGUGAAGACCGUAAAUUACAGGAAACCUUUUACUGGUAAAGCAAAAUCAAUACACCUUCAGGUAAUACUUAAAUCAAUGAGCGCUCCCCCCCCCCCCCCCCCCCACACCGCCCUUUGUUCCCUCACUAUCCCAGUGAACUGCCAUGUAAAAAAAAUUAUUAGGUUCCUACCACAUGUUCUGCAGCCGGCUCGUGUGAUUUGCUGUACAUGCAAGCGAAGAUAACAUCCAGAUGGCACGAGAUGGAAAAUAGGCUGAGAACGUCCUUUUGUCAUUAUGAUACACCCCAUAUACAUCGCCACAGAUGAUGGAAACAUACCUUGCACCAGAAUGAAUUCUUCAUCUUGUCCCUGUUGGCUACUCACAUCUCACAUUUCAGUAGCCACAGUUACCCUGUUUUUUUUUUUUUUUUUUUAUAAAAUUGUUCAUGUGUUCAGGACUGGUUCUGUAUACUUGAUACAGCUGAUGGCCUAGUGUAUUAGAGUAAUUAUGGUAAUUAUCAUAGAGAAACUAUUCAGAGUACAAAGUUAGAACUGUCAUCUCCAUUGUCCACGUCCUGUCUAUGAUAACUUCUCUGCUGUUGGGGCAACCAGGAGUGGAGGAUCUCCGAGUUACAAACAUUUUGCUAGCCAGUACCAGGUUUGUUCAGAUUUUUCAGGUUACUGUUCUAUGUUCACAACGAGUAUACAGCAUUCAGACCAGGGGUUCCUAACCUACGGCUCUUGAGUCAAAAGGAAAAUGUGAUUCCUAGCUUUUAAGGAUGGGUCACCAUAGUUUUCUUAUAGCAAAUGUAUUGUGUACUACUAAGUAAUAAACAAUUAAUAUAUUUUUAAUAUUUUCUAUUUAUGUUAACUAUAUCGUACUUAAUAUAUUUCAUUUAUAGACAGGAGCAAAGUAAUUUUAUGAAAGCGUACUAUUGAAAACAGAACUAUGAGAUGUAAGGCUGCUUCACUAAUACAAUCUGAACCUAACCAAAAAUGAACUCUGCCAUAGAUAGUAAAUUCAAGCAUGACAUCUGAAAGUGGGAGAUCAAUGAAACGUAAAUUUGAAAAAUAUAUUGUGUGAUAAACGUUUUAUAAUGUGAUUCUUCAAUGUGUAAAUGUCUAGUAGUUGCUAGGGAAUAUUUAUCUGUUAAAAGCACUUUUACAUGUGAAAUGGGCGUUACCGUUAAAGGAAGCUAGAUUUAGAUGAAUUUGACACAUUAUAUUCCAAGCUCUGGACCAAAGAAUUCUAAUUUUUGUUGAUAAUAUCAGGUUCACUUUGAUCUCCUACUUUCCACUGAAGGCCGGUUUUCUGUAAGAGAAUAUAUUAUUCCUGCUUGUAUAGGAUAAAUGAGUAGCUUCCUCACGGGUGUAUAGAGCAAUUUACGUCUGUAUAUGUCCUCAUAUAUUCGUCUAAGGGCAAUGUUUUAUCAGGAAUACACAAAGAAUGCAGGCAAAACGUCUUGUAAAGUGGAUGACCACAUUCAGAUUAUUUUACAUUACUGGUUGUGCUCAUUGUAACUACAUGCAGAGAUUUCAUUUCCAUCUUCAUUGCAUCUUUGUCUAUCUCUUUAAAUGAGCAGACAGUUACAUGCCAUGGGAUACAUAACAAAGUUGAUCACUUGAUCCCCGGGGUAUCCAGUACUGAAAGCCAAGCACUGCUUUGUUGAAUAUUAGAAAAAUAAACAGCUCUGCUUGGUGAUCAAAGUACAUAGGUGGACAGGUGGCAUUCAGACAGACAGAGCAGUGAAUUUCACAAGCAUUGCUUGUGGAUACGUACAAACCUGUAGGUUGCUCUGAGGGUGGACAUCCUCUUAUGAAGUUAAUAUCUAACUUUUAAAAAAAAAAAUUUAAAAAAACCUUUACCCUCUGCACCUGUCUCUGAAUCACUGGGAGUAAAUAAUCUUACUAUAAUAUAUAUUGUAGUGGAUUAGUACUGCAGAUGGAUUACAGUGACCUUAAUGUUAAGUUUUAGUUGCUCACCAGCUGGAGGCUCUAAAGGGGUCCAUACUGUACAUCUGGUAAGUAUUCGGGCAGUUUUCCCAGUGCAUGGGUCAGGGUAUAUAGUAAAUCCAAUAUGUUGGAAAAUCCUUGAUGCCGAUUCCAUCCAAAAAUUUAUCUGGAUCAGGGAGUUGCACUUUUAACAUGCAUUUUUUUUUCUGCAAUUCCCUGGCUGAUCAUCGAUGUCUGCUAUUUGGAUCCGCAGAACGGGGAAUCGUGGCAUAGGUAUAUGGCCUGCAUAUAAGCCUUUCUGAUUAUCUAGUCUAGAGAGGUUCCCUGGCUGCUGGUGUUGCUAGGUAUAACGGGAUAUGGUACUUAGGUCGAUCUCACUUAGGUUGACACUCAGUAGGUCGACCACUAUUGGUCGACAUGAUCAUUAGGUUGACAUGGCAAAGGUCGACACAUGUAAAGGUCGACAUGGCGUUGUUGUUGUUUUUUAAUCUUCGUUUUUUUCAUACUUUACGAUCCACGUGGACUACGAUUGGGAAUAGUAACCUGUGCCGAGUGCAGCGAGGCACCUUGCCUGAAGCCGAGGGUACACGGGGCACUAAUUGGAGUUCCUGGUCACUUUACGAAGAUAAAAACAGAAAAAAAACUCAUGUUGACCUUUUUCCAUGUCAACUUUUUACAUGUUGACCUGCCAACCAUGUCGACCUACUGCCUGUCGACCAAUGGUUGUCGACCUAAUGAGUGUCAACCUAAGUAGGGUCGACCCAACAAACCCAUUCCAGAUAUAACAGGCAGGAUGUUUGAACAUAAUAUUAUACAGUUAUGUAUUUGACACAUAUUUGCUCACUUUAAAGUGUUCCCCUCUGGGAGAGUUCCCAAAAAAGGGAGAAGCACCUGAUCACUAUGGGGGGCACGGCCAGGUACUUCUCGUCAUUAGGCCCCAUACUCUUGAGCCAUAAUGCAAUGAAUCACACGCCCAUGAAGGGAGAGCCAGUGUCAAGAUGACAGGAAAAUAAUUUAAUCUUUAUCUCCCUCCAUUGGAGGGAUGUAGAAGGGUGACCCACUCUUACAGGAGUCCGUGGGACUUUUUGAAAAUUCAGUAGUCCCCUGGAUGAUAUGGAAUAGUAGGCCAAUAUGGAUUGACUUUUGAAACUUAAUGCAUCCAUGUGACAAGAACCGUCUACAUCGCUACUCUGCGUUAAUUAGAACUCUGAUUUUUCCAGUAUCUAAUACUCAGUAUGUGGCUUCCUGUAUGACUCCAUUUCUCUACUCAUUGUAUGGCACUGCACAGUUACAUGCGACCCUGUCCUCACUAACCAUCAAAUAACCAUUGCGAUUAUCCUAUUGGAUGUGACCAUUUUGAUGAUCUGAUUGGCCAUGCUGUGAACAUUCACAUGUUGUGAUUGGCUAAUAAACAUUGUCUACACAGACAAAUAUAUACUGUAAAUUGAGUACAGUAACUGGAUCAGACUCUAGUCAAAUGCACUUUAAGCAUUCUUUAUAUAUCAGUGGUGGUCCGCUGUAAUAGAGGUAACAUUACAAAAUAUGAUGUCCUGACGCACAGUUUUCAGCUAUGUAUAUUCCAAAAUCUCAAAUUGACAUACAUUUAAAUACAUUAUAUAUUUAAAAAUGGCAUGUGUAUUUAAACGUAUGUGCAACAAAUAUGCUGCGCUAUAUAAGAAACUGUUAAUAAAUAAAUGAAUGUCAUGUAACAUUAUUUGGGAGUUUGUGCUUUCUAUCUGCAUGACCUUCCUGUAGGAAAUCAUUCAUCAUCUUUGUACAUCUUACCUCGGAGGCAAAUAGUAGACUUGUGUACUUCAAUGCAAACUAUACAUUGCCCAGUGUUCAAAGGGGAAUGGAUGAAACUGGAUCGUCCAUGUAAACAAUAGUAGUAGGCACUCUGCACUUGGAAUGCAAAUUAACUUUAUCAGUGGCAGAUUUUUCAAAAGGGCAACAUUUUCAAAACGUUCCUGCAAAAUGCAAAUUUACAAAACAGUGUGUAAUGGCCAAACCUGAUGGAUGUAUUGUUAGCACUGUGCACAUUGGGGGUAAUUCCAAGUUGAUCGCAGCAGGAAUUUUUUUAGCAGUUGGGCAAAACUGUGUGCACUGCAGGUGUGGCAGAUAUAACAUUUGCAGAGAGAGUUAGAUUUGGGUGGGUAAUUUUGUUUCUGUGCAGGGUAAAUACUGGCUGCUUUAUUUUUACACUGCAAUUUAGAUUGCAGAUUGAACACACCCCACCCAAAUCUAACUCUCUCUGCACAUGUUAUAUCUGCCCCCCCUGCAGAGCACAUUGUUUUGCCCAACUGCUAAAAAUUUCCUGCUGCGAUCAACUUGGAAUUACCCCCAUUAUCUGAAAAUUUGCUCAUAGAUUAUUGGGAUUUUCAGUUUGUACCUCUCUUAUGUGUAUUUCUUCAUCUCCCAGCAAAACAUUAAUAGACUUUUGUGCUGCAGGAGUCCCCUGCCUGCUUCAGUGACCAGACUUUACUAGAUGCGUGUUCAUCUACCCUAGCACCCUGGUGAAUUGCAUUAUCAGUGCAGAUCUGAAUAAUUACCUCAGUCUAGCCCAACGACUCAGUACCCAAUGAGAGCUACUGACCCUUUUGACUUGUACACACACCAGCAGCUCGCAGUAUCUUAGCUCCAAAGCUGUUUUCAUUCUCCUUUCCUAAACAACAUACAGCUGCCUUCUUAUACUGAUCACUAUGCUAUUAGGAUAUCAGGCAGCCACUUUUUACGUUCUCCUCUAUUGCUUCCCCCUGCAGAUAGCGUGCUUGUAGUUUAGGUGGGAGGACAGUCUAAUAGAAUGCAGGUGGCUAUCAAAGCAAGCUUGGAAAUUAAAGAUGAGAACAAUUAGAAGAAGAGUUUCUAACUUGCUGCUUUUCCUAACCCACAGCUAAUCUGGUCUUGUAGGAGAAGCAGUCAGAUGUGUAAUUUUCCCUUGUUUCUCCAGGCCUAAAACAGGUCAUUGGAAUGUCAUCCUAGAAUCUGCUUUCCGGAGCUUUGUGGUACAGGUUGAGUAUCCCAUAUCCAAAAUGCUUGGGAGCGGAAGUAUUUUGGAUAUGGGAUUUUUCCGUGUUUUGGAAUAAUUGCAUGCCAUAAUGAGAUAUCAUGGCGAUGGGACCGAAGUCUAAGCACAGAAUACAUUUAUGUUUCAUAUACACCUUAUACACACAGCCUGAAGGUCAUUUUAGCCAAUAUUUUUAAUAACUUUGUGCAUUAAACAAAGUUUGUGUACAUACACACAAUUCAUUUGUUUCAUAUACAACUUAUACACACAGCCUGAAGGUCAUUUAAUACUAUAUUUUUAAUAACUUUGUGUAUUAAACAAAGUUUGUGUACAUUGAGCCAUCAGAAAACAAAGGUUUCACUAUCUCAGUCUCAUUUGAAAAAUUCUGUAUUUCGGAAUAUUCUGUAUUUCGGAAUAUUUGGAUGUGGGAUACUCAACCUGUAAUUCUAAUAACCAUUGACCCAUGUUGUCUUUAGUGAUGUAGGGAGCGUUGUUCCUAUGCCUUAUUUUGUUGGUUCUUUGUAGCCAGUUUUAUUACAACUCUCAUGAUUGCUGGUGACUGGGGUAGGGAGAUGAGUAGAAAUAAAACAAAAUGCCAUGAUAAAUAAUGUCAAACUGACAUCCCAUCCCAUUGGCUAACGAUAGGAUGACUGUUCUUAUGAAAGCAUACCUCCUAACAGUGGAGGCACCAAAAGCGGGACCUGCUCUCCUUUCUCUGAAUAGAUGCUAUGUGCGUGCCCUAUAUCAUCCAUCACCCGCUGCUCUUCUGUGCGGGGCAGCAGUUUGUGAUGACCCACCGUGGGACACUGUGGCUAUGUUUGCCCAGAGCAAUGCCAUUAUUGACAACAGAAGCUGCAGACAUGAUGGUAAAAAUAGAAUAUAUUUUGUAUUUUAGGUAAAUAGUCGUAGGAGGGAGUUUUGAAGACCAUCAAUGAAAGUAAUCUGAAGGGGUACCAAACAUCCACACCCUAGCAAAGUGGUCAUAUUCCUUUCUGUAAUUUCUCUAUUAAUGUUUAUUCAAUGAAUUGUGCCAUCAUGCAACUAGUUGAUAACUUCCUUUGUACAUUAUUACAUGAGGUGUUAGAUGAUGAAUUAUAAUAGUCUUGGAUGUGUGCUACUAUUGUAAGUGUAAGCAAUGUUCCUCAGCUCUGUACGAUCUGGUAGUUUUAUAUGAUGUGAUUGCUCUACAAAAUGUAACUAUAAUUUAUAUACAAUAUUUUUAUGUUUUAUGUUCUUGGUAGUGUAUAUAGGUGAGGUGGGGUAAUGCAAAUAUAUUCUCCCUGUGGGUUCUUUACCUGUCUGUAUUUAGGAUUGCAAGUUAGCCAUUUAAAAGCAAAUUCUUAUGGAUGUAUUUCAAGUACUUUGUAAUUUUUGAACCAUAAGACACAUUGGUAGUGUUUGUGAAGUAGGGCCGUGAUAAGGGGUGUGCAACCAUCCAGGGAGCAAAACCAAUGGGGUGACAUGGUAACUACCGUGAAAGCAGUCUCCUACAUUGUUCUACUAUGCAGAGUACUUGGGGAGGGUACCAGCUGCAAGGAAAGUCAUGGGACGUGUCCUUAGGAGGUGGCCAGCAGCCCCAUUUCUACACUGGUGCCUCUUGUGUGACGUCAUGUGGGGCAGGGGGUGCUAGACCAGGGUGCAUAGUACCCUGCUGUGGCACUGAUGGGAGGUCAUCUUCAUUAUACACACUUUGCCCCUUGGUUUUCUGUAUUUCAGAACUGGCUAGGUAACCUCUAAUGUCACACGGUGACACUUUUCACCUGGGAGGCAGCUUUAGAAGUCCAUUUUGAAAUAAAGCAUGUACAGGCCAAGGUGAAGGAGGACACAGGUAAACUCUCACUAAUUUCUUGCCAAAAACUGCAGCUUUGUCAUCUGCAUGCCACACUGCAUCUGGAAAAACAGGCAGGCUGCAAUCUUCUUAAUGGCUAACCUAGUAACACUAGAUAUUUAACAAGUAUCCUUUCUACUAUAGACAAAUUGCAGACUUCCUAGAACUCUUUCAGCACACUGUUUGUUGAGUUUGUGCUAAGGUAAGAAAGAGUUAACUAUCGAGCUAAUGAGAACGGCUCUUCCUUGCUGGGAAGCAUGUGACACUGCCAAAUAUCCACAAGGAUGUGAUUGUAAUUCUUUUUACUUGCUGCUAUGUGAUCUGUGUUGUCUUGUUUUUUUAUGUUCCAUUUUGUGUGGUUGUAGGGGAAACCAGCUAAAAAUAGAGUACAAGUACUUUGUCAUUCCUUUUUGAUUAGCUAUUUAAUGACUGCAAGACCUCAUCUGUGCUUUAAUUACCAGUUCAUUUAAGCAAAUGAAGCAAGCUGGCUGCAGACUUCCUGUGCGCUUUGUAAUGGCAAAGUCUGUGUUUAAAGUAGCAGUGUUGCUUUUUUGCCACAAGAAAGCAAAUGAGUGGCAGUGCUUUUUGGUUUUUAAGGGUUUUAUGCAAGACAGAUGCCAGGGUGCUGCGGUCUGCAAGAUGAUUGAACUUCUAUUUUGUACGUUGUAGAAAUCCGGACCCGUAGUUACCUUGUUGUACAUGUGGUUUCAGAAGCCAUGCCUUAUGGCCGAGUUGGUUUACUAACAAGGUCUUAUAAAAUACAGUCACACUAGUAGCGUGUGAAGGAACCCAUAAACUAAAACCUUUUCCAAAACCAGAGGGGAUUGAGUAAAAUGUUACCAUCAUUAUUUUAUGUUGUGCAAAUUAGAGGUGUUUGUUCUAGGUUGCCAUCCAUGCAGCCCCAGUUGGCACAAUUAAUAUAUUGUAUAUCAAACAGAUAAACAAAAUUGUUCUUUAAUUCCUUUUUAUUGUUUUAUGAUUUGUCAAAUGUAAGAACUACAUACUUUAGUUACCUAUUUAUAGAUAGUAUAGACAUGCCUGCUAUUGUGAUGUUCUUUAUUUGUAAUGCUACUUGCAUUUUUCAAGUGUUCUUGUCUCUUAUAAACUGUUGUACAGAUAUAUACUCUGAUAUCUAGUCUCAAUAUUUUGCGCAGCACAGCAUGCCUGGAAUGAGGGAGUAGCCAGGUUCUGUGCAACUCUGCUAGCGGUGGGUGGCUUAUUUGCUGAAAAUCCGUCAUAGUUGCAAUGUGAUGCGACUAGGCCGCACCAGGAGUCUGUAAACGAAGCACAACGGAAUUUGGUGUGGAUAAAAGCGACCAAUGCUGCUCCGUAGCACUACAUAUGCAGAUUCAGAGACUAUGUCGCACACAGAUAUACAAGUGUCUUAUAUCAUUAAGUCUUCUGGUAUGUCCUACUUGCAUUGCGUUGCGACUAGAUGCAUUUUUUUUUUUUGCAAAAAAGACAGCCGGCCCAAGCAGAGCUAUGUGGGACAUGGUGCGCUGAGAGGGGCAGUUUGCUGUGACUGCAGAAAUACGUGAGGACACCCCACUAGCACCCAAAUAGCAUGCCAGUUGUUAAAUAAAGUUAUGGUAUCCCAGUGGAAAGGAAGGUUGCCUCUAUUCUGAUGAAGUAUACAUUGUAUUCUUGGGGUCAAGUUCAAUUAGAGGGCACAGUGUGAGACGUGCUCAUAUUUUCCAUAUAUAGUGUAUACUCAGAAAUGUGGCAGAAUCACAGAUUAUUGUGCACACCUGCAUGGGGCAAACAGAAAUCCCUGGUAUAGGUGUAGUGCGUAGGUCCGCACUUUAUUGAAUCAACCCCUUUUUAAGUGAAAAAGAUAACAAUGAAUACAGGCAUAAAAAUCUCUAAAUAGGGUUUUAUUUGGAGUAAGUAAUUAAGUAUGGAACUUUCCGUUUGACCUGUUAUCUGAACGAACAGCAUUGGUGCUGCCACAGCUGACUUCAUGAGCAGCUACACUGUACACUACACAUAUAACAUUGGCAAAUAUACACAAGGGGAGUUAACUAUCAUGCCUCACUCCAGACAUGCCUAAAAAAAUGCACCUUCCCAUGACGUCAAUCUUUGCUGCAGCUUAGUUUUCCAUUUGACCUGUGUUCAUGGUCGCUGCUUCUCCUGUCAAUGUAGGGGGCAAGGUCUCAGUCAGUUCCUGUAUCUCAAGAUAACCAAAUCCUCCCUGAUGUGACAGGUGGGCAGAGCCCGUGUUUAAAGUAUCAUUCUGCUUCCAGUAUUGCAUAUCACAUACAUCUAUCUGACAUCAUUGCCAGUUCCCAGACUAUGGCCAAAUAUAACCGUGUACGGGAUAGUAAAGUACCAAGAUUUCUGCGAUUUAGCAUGACUAUUUAAAGUGGCAAUGUUUUACAGUGGGAACCAGGUUGGUUCCUAUUAUUAAAAAAAUACCAUUUUAAAUCUUAGUGCUAAAUUUGCAAAAUGUUAUCCCUUUGCAGUAUUGCGUUCUGUUAUAUUUGGACCUUGUUAUAGAUUUAUUAUUUUGGUGUAUUUUAUUUUUAUUUUUUUUGUUUGUUUCUUUUAAUCUUGUGCUGGUCCUGUAUAGAAGAAAGUAAAUGUUCUAAAUUUUAAUGGAAACUGAAAAAUGGUUAGUUUAAAAUGCCACUAAAGUGAAUGUUUUAAGUGCUUGUUUCUUGGUUAGUAACAUUCACUUAAAUAGUAUAGGGUCAGCUUGGAACUGCUUGUUUUUAAGAUUUACACACUUGGGCCAAUAUGUAAUGGCCUGUGAGGUGUAGGCUUUUUGGGAAUUUCUGCGAGUCUGUCCAUACUUUUAAACCGGCAAUAAUUUACAAGGCAAAACAGACAUGGUUUUGCCUUGUAAAUGAUUGCUGCUUUAAAAAUAUGGGCAGACUUGCAGGCUAUUACAUAUUGCCCCUGAUUUUUUUUCUUUGAGGCUGUGGUUGGUAAUUGGGGUAAUUUACGUCACAAUUCCCUGUAAGUGGGGCACACUUUCUAGUAUCCUGUAAGAUUGAUUGAUAUAUAUAUAUAUAUAUAUCAAUCAAUCAAUCUAUCAAUCUCUAUUUUACAAUGAUCUUAACAAACCCUACUUUAUGAUGUAUUUGAUAUUCCAUAAAUAAAAAUCAUUACAGGAAAUAGGUGUUGCUGCCCUCUAUUAUAGUUAGCUUUGAAUCCAUUCUCUCCUAAAAUAAACUGAACUUAUUUAUCUGCUGCUUUAACUUUCCAGUUGCUGGACGGGUCUGCAAAGCAACAUUCUUCUAAUUUUUUUUGUUUUCCUGGUAUAAGUUGCUUUUCAAAAACGUGCUUUUUUUUUUUUUUUUUUUUUUUUUAGAUCUAAAAAUGAGUUAUUCAUACUGAGAGUUUAAUUAAAGGUGGUUUAUAUUUUAAUUUAUAUAAUUAAUUGUAAAUAAGAAUAAUAGAAGAUAUUUCUAGAUUUAAGGCAUCUGUAUUUGUGCUGAUAGCUAACUCCUUCACUGCUGUCCUGCAGGACUUGGGCGGUUUUGCAGUUUUGACUUAUUUUAAAAAUACUUUUUUGUAAACUGACCAAACGAUUUGUAUAUUCAAGAAUUCAGCUUUCUGCACAGUCUUUGAAAAUAUUUUUUUUCCUGCAAAAGGGUAUAUUCCCCCCCAAAAAAACAAUGUUAGUAGUGAUGUUAAAUGUUUCUAGACUAGUCUACCAACCAUGGAAGCUGUAUUAUAUUUUAUUUGGAAGUUUUUUUAAUCUUUUGUUUGUAUUACCAUAAUAGAUUCAUGUUGUUAAUAAAAUGUCCCUGGAAGUAUAA